GAGGGGGCGAGUGGAAAGGGGCGGCGGGGGCGCGCAGGCGCAGGCGAGGCUGCCGUAGCUUGUACAGGGAGCGUCGGUCGGGGCCGGGUUUGGCCGGGCGCGCUGACGGGAUGGACGAGGAUGUGUUGACUACUCUGAAGAUCCUCAUCAUCGGCGAGAGCGGUGUCGGCAAGUCCAGCCUUCUGUUGCGAUUCACAGAUGAUACGUUUGACCCGGAACUUGCAGCAACCAUUGGUGUGGACUUCAAGGUGAAAACCAUUUCAGUUGAUGGAAACAAAGCUAAACUGGCAAUUUGGGAUACUGCAGGUCAGGAGCGGUUCAGAACAUUAACACCCAGCUACUACAGAGGUGCACAAGGUGUUAUCCUAGUUUAUGAUGUCACAAGAAGAGAUACUUUUGUCAAGCUGGAUAACUGGUUAAAUGAACUGGAAACGUACUGCACAAGGAAUGACAUAGUGAAAAUGCUGGUUGGAAACAAGAUCGAUAAGGAAAACCGUGAAGUUGACAGAAAUGAAGGUCUUAAAUUUGCCAGAAAACAUUCCAUGUUGUUCAUAGAGGCAAGUGCAAAAACAUGUGAUGGUGUACAGUGUGCCUUUGAAGAACUUGUUGAAAAAAUCAUUCAGACUCCGGGACUGUGGGAGAGUGAGAGCCAAAACAGAGGUGUAAAGUUAUCAAACAAGGAAGAAGGAUAUGGAGGAGGAGGAGCAUGUGGUGGAUAUUGUUCUAUGUUAUAAACUUUGGGAAGCUUAUUCUUUGCGUAUUUAAACAGCUAGUGACAUCUUUCUGUACAUAAAUUCAUUAAAUGCUAUUUUUAGGGACCUUGCAGUUUGCACAUAUUUGUUUUGUAUCAUGGCAGUUCACACUUGUAGGAAAAAAUGUUCUGCAGCUUCCCCAGUUUGAAAAUGUUAUGGUAAGCAUGCCCAAACUACAAUCUUCAGGGUUUUAUAAGUAGCAUAAAUAAUGUGCAAGAACAAAUGCACUAAAAAUUUUAUGGCUCUGUACAUUUAUCAUGUAACUACUCUAAACAAAUCCAUCUAACAGAAACACAUUACUGCAUUGUCUGCUCUUUGUCUUAUUUUUAAAUAGUCUUGAAAUUAUAGAACUAGAAAUGUGCACACACCUUGAAAGCAGUGUGAGCUAUAAAUAUUAUGUUUCAUCUCUUCUAGUAAAUGCUUUUUCAUGUUAUUAAAACCAGCAAGAUUCUACAGUUCUUGGGCAAAUCUGCUGAGGUCUUGUCUUUCAGCAGAGCUGUCUAAAAUACAAAUUGGCAUAGGCCAUAGUUGGUAUCAGCACUUUCUUGAAGCAUCUGCUCUGAAAGCUUCCUUUGCAAAGCUGUGGGAUGCCUUUCUUUUUUUU